AGGUUAUAAAAUACUUUUCGUUUGGUUUUGGAUAUUAUUUAAAUUGAUUGUGGAUAAAUUUACUGAAAUUUAGCAUGUUUUGUUGUCUAAAAGGAUGUUUAGAUACUCUAGGUUAUUCAAACAAUGUCCCCAUGCGAGUCAGGGAAAAUCCAGUGCGACUGGACACAUCACAUAUGGGUCACGAAGUUGUUAUUGUGAAAGGUGGCCGGAGAGUUUGUGGCUCAGGGGCUGCUUUAGCUAGUGCACCUUUAGUGCAAUCAAAAUCUUAUUUUGAAGUUAAAUUACAACAAGCUGGUUCUUGGUCAGUUGGAGUCGCAACAAGACAAGCUGAUUUGAAUCAUUCGCAAGGUGGAAACGAUAAGGAAUCUUGGUGCCUGAAUUCAGAUUGUACCGUCCGGCACGAUAAUGUAGUUAUACACAGUCUACCAACGGACUCGGCCAAUCCUGAUUCACUCUCUUCAGGUCCUUUAUUGGGGUCAAAGGACCCUGGAGACCUUAUUUCGUCCGACGUAGCCAGUAGAACUCCCACUGAAGGAGACACUUUAGGGGUGUCUUAUGAUCACAUAGCACUUAACUUUUAUUUAAAUGGAAAGGAUCUCGAAAUACCAGUCAAUAACGUCAGGGGUACUGUGUAUCCUGUAUUGUAUGUUGAUGAAGGGGCUAUUUUAGACAUAAUUCUGGAUGAUUUCACCCACACGCCGCCGCCCGGUUUCUCUAAAAUAAUGAUAGAGCAAUCUUUAUUAUAACAAGUGAAAAUAUCAAGAUUUUGUUUACUGCAACUGUAUAUUGUCAGAGAUUAAGAGUAUUUUUCUUGAGCUAUAUUUUUAAAAAUUGUAUUAAGUGCUUAAUGUAAUACUAAAUGUUGACUUAAUGUAACUACUGUUGACUGUUUACUAAUUA